GCCGAGCAUAUUGAAAUCAUUCGCCAGAAGUACAAGCGUCAUGAGGGAUGGCUCGCACCCUUUACUUGGUGCGAAGACUUUCAGUUUCAACUAAGCGAUAUUUAUACACGGCUUCGUAUGGUCAGCAAAGAGAAAAAAGCGAGAGCAACAGCGGCGCGCAGAGUUGUUGAAACGACUGAAAUUUUCAAUCCCCACGAAGAAUGCAAACAACCUAGAAAAGUAUUGAUUGAAGGAAAGCCAGGUAUGGGAAAGACGACAUACUGCAAUAAGGUUGCUUACGACUGGGCUAUAAACAUAAAAAACGAAGGAGAUUGCUUUCCGGAAUUUGAGAUGGUGCUCUUGCUGAAAUGCCGUGAUGUCGAUAUCGAGUCCGACCUUUGGGAAGCCAUUGACGAUCAGCUUUUGCCAGGUGAAGUUCACCGAAAGGAAAGAGAGAAAUUCUUCGACUUCAUUCGGCAAAAUCAAUCAAAGGUUCUGCUGAUACUUGAUGGAUUGGACGAGCUACCUUCGAGCAAACUGUCGGAGUUUACCGAUAUCAUACAAGGUAAAAUACUUCCUCUAUGUCACCUUGUGGUUACAGCACGACACGAGGCUGGGAUACCCAUGAGAAAGGUUUGUGACACUCUGCUAGAGAUUGAAGGUUUCACUGAUCAAGAUAGCGAAGAAUUUAUUGUCAAAUAUUUUGCCGGCAAGGAAUAUUUGGCUGAAAAGCUCUUGGAUAAAAUACAGAAUGAGGAAAGGCUCACAGAGAUGGCGGCAAACCCUUUAAACACUGCACUACUUUGCCUUCUUUGUGAAGACUUUCAAGGUAAUAUACCUGAAAGCAGAACUCAGUUGUACUCGGAAAUAGUACAAUGUGUUCUUAUCAGAUACAGGAAAAAGAGAGGUCUUUCAGUGGGAAAUGAAGAUCUCAUUGAAAUCUACAAAGAUCAGUUGAAACUCCUUGGCUUGAUAGCUUUAAACGGCCUGUAUGAAGACAACAUGUACUUUGAGGACAAAAAGCUUUCAAGUGAAAAUGCCGACUUACCUGAAUUUGGCUUUCUGUCAGCUCAACCUGGAAGUAGCAAACGAAGGCCGUGUCUGUGCUACGGCUUUACGCAUAAGAGUUUUCAAGAAUUCUUCGCGGGAUAUUAUCUUUGUUGCCAACUUGUUAGCAAAGAAACCAGUCCUGAAAUAUUGGUCACUGACACAAGAUAUUUCCAAGAGCUAAGAGAGGUAUUGAAAUUUACCUGUGGUCUGCUUGCAGUGAGGUCUAAAGAAAGCGCAGUAACCCUUAUUAACUACAUAGCGAAUGAGGUAAACAAAGCCGAUGUGGAAGAAAAAUGUUUCCCUGUUGCACUUGAGUGCAUUAAAGAAUGCAAAAUUGAAAACAGUUAUUUUCAUAUAGACUUGGCCCGUACAUUUGGCGCAUGUCUGGAAGUUCAACAGGCUCAGGUGCGGGAUCCUGGAGUUAUAGAUGACGCUGCUGCUGCUGCGCUUGCUGCAGUGCUUGAAGCAAACACAACUCUGACAAAUUUGGAUCUCCAGGGCAAUAACAUUGGUCCUGCUGGUGCUGAGUCACUUGCUACAGCGCUUAAAACAAACACAACUCUGACAAAUUUGAAUCUCCGGGGCAAUGACGUUGAUCCUGCCGGUGCUGAGGCACUUGCUACAGCGCUUAAAACAAACACAACUCUGACAAAGUUGAAUCUGCGGGGCAAUAACAUUGAUCCUGCUGGUGCUGAGUCACUUGCUACAGCGCUUAAAACAAACACAACUCUGACAAAUUUGGAUCUCCGGGUCAAUAACAUUGGUCCUGCCGGUGCUGAGUCACUUACUACAGCGCUUAAAAGAAACACAACUCUGACAAAUUUGAAUCUGUCUUUCAAUAAUAUUGGUCCUGCCGGUGCUGAGUCACUUGCUACAGCGCUUAAAACAAACACAACUUUGACAAAUUUGUAUCUGUCUUUCAAUAACAUUGGUUCUGCCGGUGCUGACUCACUUGCUACAGCGCUUAAAACAAACACAACUCUGACAAAUUUGCAAUUGUCUGGCAAUAACAUUGGUUCUGCCGGUGCUGAGUCACUUGCUACAGCGCUUAAAACAAACACAACUUUGAAGCAAUUAAUUUUGGGGCAAACAAACACUUCACUGACAAAUUUGUAUCUGUCUCAUGGCAAUAACAUUGGACCUGCCGGUGCUGAGGCACUUGCUACAGCGCUUAAAACAAACAAAACUCUGACAAAUUUGGAUCUCCGGGUCAAUAACAUUGGUCCUGCCGGUGCUGAGUCACUUGCUACAGCGCUUAAAACAAACACAACUCUGACAAAUUUGAAUCUGUCUUUCAAUAAUAUUGGUCCUGCCAGUGCUGAGACACUUGCUACAGCGCUUAAAACAAACACAACUCUGACAAAUUUGUAUCUGUCUGGCAAUAACAUUGGUUCUGCCGGUGCUGACUCACUUGCUACAGCGCUUAAAACGAACACAACUCUGACAAAUUUGCAAUUGUCUGACAACAACAUUUGUUCUGCCGGUGCUGAGUCACUUGCUACAGCGCUUAAAACAAACACAACUCUGAAGCAAUUAAUUUUGGGGCAAACAUACACUUCUCUGGCAAAUUUUCAUCUGUCUCAUGGCAAUAACAUUGGACCUGCCGGUGCUGAGUCACUUGCUAUAGCACUUAAAACAAACACAACUCUGACAAAUCUGGAUCUGUUUGGCAAUAACAUUGGUCCUACCGGUGCUGAGUCACUUGCUACAGCGCUUAAAACAAACACAACUCUGAAGCAAUUA